AGCACUGCUUUUCUUUUUUAGAAAGCUUGAAUCUCAGUGGUGUCUCUGGAGACAAGAAGCCUUCAGUAUGUUAAAUUACUUUCAUUAUGUAUUUUCAGAUGCUUAUUGAUUCUACAGUAGGAAGAGUGGGAGACUGCAGCAGCCUCUAAACCAGCACUAAACCAGUUGUAUACAUUAGCAGUAUGCUGAAACAAUGGCACAGUACAGGCACAAAUUCUCAUUAAGGUCAUUUUUUGAAGAUAUGCUUAUUACCCUCUUUCCCUUCUACUCUGCUAACAAGUGAACAAAAUGAAUCCCUCCAACCUGGAACUGCUUCACCUGCAUCGAGAAUUUAUCAAACCUUUAGUGGAGGGCAUGCAGCAAGUAAUUCAAUUUUACAACUGACAAUAUGAAGAAUGCAGUUGACCGGGUAUCUUUCUAGCUGUAUGAUCUGCAAGCAUCAGGAUGCAUCCCUAAAAUGUAUUCUUAGGACAUAAAAGGAAUUAGAAACAAAACAUGGAACACACUCAUAUUACCACUUAACUGCAUGACACUUCAACAAUAUACACAGAAGACUAACAGAUCUGCUCAGAUUUUCAUGAAAAGAAGAAUGCAAUGAUUGAUUCUUAAAAUGGUGAGCAUUUCUUAAAGAGGGAUUUAUAAUUUAAAACCAGAAUUGCGGAAACUACUGAUGCAUGAAGAAACAAUGAAACAUGAAUUCCCCAAAGCAGAAUGUGCAUACUCCACCAGCAAGCUGAACAAGGGUUUAAUCAAGCUUUUUCUAUACUACUCAUUAAAUAACUUAUUUGUCAUAAUGACUAAUGGAUAUUUUUCUCUCAAUUUUAUGAUCUGUUAUGUAUUCUCCUUUAAUGAAAAUAAACCAAAUUAGGUAACUCAUGUUUUUUCUCAAAGCACAUGAACUGGAUUUUACGAUGUAUAGCAACUUCUUUGACUAAGCCAUCACUCAAAAGUAAUGAGCAGGAGUAUUACAGAAAGAAAUUCGCAAAUGUAACUAAAGGAUGUCUACGUACACUUUGAACACAGAGAUCAGAUAUCUUUUUCUUUUUUUAAUCCUGGAAAAUAAAAAUAGGCUCCCACAAAAUGCAACCGGGAAAAGAAAUUAACAUCACUUAAAAGAAGGUUUAUUUGUAUUGCUGGCUUGAAACGCAGAACAGACACAAAGAACAUGCACUGGUCUGUAGAAGUAUCUCAGGCAAUUAAGAAGUCCCUAUGUUUAAACAAAAAUUUUUGCUGCUGAAGUGCUGGAACAAAAAAAAGAAAAAAAAACCUGCAAGGAAGGAAAUAGAGCCCAGCUACAACUUGGUUGCCAGGUGAAAAUGCAUGUCAAAUAUCUGUCACUGACACCAUGUAUCCAUUUAUGACAAGCUGCUACAAUGAUGUGAAAGGCCCUUGAGGCACCGAAAACAGGAGAAAAAACAACUGCAACAAAAGAAUGUGUUUCUCCCCCCUCCUGGAAGUCACCAUGCAGUCUGAAUCUAACAUCACAGUUCGAGAUGCCAUUGACGACCUCGACACCAACAUGUACCGACCACUGUCAUACCCAUUAAGCUUUCAAGUUUCUCUCACUGGAUUUUUGAUGUUAGAAAUUGUUUUGGGACUUGGCAGCAACCUCACCGUGCUGGUACUUUACUGUAUGAAAUCCAACUUAAUCAAUUCUGUCAGUAACAUAAUUACAAUGAACCUUCAUGUACUUGAUGUAAUAAUUUGUGUGGGAUGUAUUCCUCUAACUAUAGUUAUCCUUCUGCUUUCACUGGAGAGUAACACUGCUCUAAUCUGCUGCUUCCACGAGGCUUGUGUCUCUUUUGCAAGCGUUUCAACUGCAAUCAAUGUCUUUGCUAUCACUCUGGACCGAUACGAUAUCUCUGUAAAACCUGCCAAUCGCAUUCUGACCAUGGGAAGGGCUGUGAUACUAAUGACAUCGAUAUGGAUCAUCUCACUUUUUUCCUUCCUGAUUCCUUUCAUUGAAGUCAAUUUUUUCAGUCUCCAAAGCGCAAGUACUUGGGAAAAUAAGACACUUUUGUGCGUCAGUACAAACGAAUACCACACUGAGCUGGGAAUGUACUACCACCUUCUCGUUCAGAUUCCUAUCUUCUUCUUCACUGUUAUAGUAAUGCUAAUUACAUACACCAAAAUACUCCAGGCUCUUAAUAUUCGAAUUGGCACAAGAUUUACAACAGGUCAGAAGAAAAAAGCUCGAAAGAAAAAAACUAUUUCUUUAACCACUCAACACGAGACUACUGACGUGUCGCAAAGCAGCGGAGGAAGAAACGUGGUCUUUGGCGUAAGGACUUCUGUUUCCGUAAUAAUUGCCCUGCGCCGAGCGGUAAAGCGGCACCGGGAGCGACGAGAACGGCAAAAGAGAGUCUUCAAAAUGUCCCUCCUGAUUAUUUCAACAUUUCUUCUCUGCUGGACACCAAUCUCUGUUUUAAACACUACAAUUUUAUGUUUGGGCCCAAGUGACCUUUUGGUAAAGCUGCGGCUAUGUUUUCUAGUAAUGGCAUAUGGAACAACUAUAUUUCACCCCCUACUUUAUGCAUUCACUAGGCAAAAAUUUCAGAAAGUUCUGAAAAGUAAAAUGAAAAAACGAGUUGUUUCAAUAGUGGAAGCAGAUCCCAUGCCGAACAACGCUGUAAUUCACAACUCAUGGAUAGAGCCUAAAAGGAACAAAAAGAUUACCUUUGCAGACAACGAAGUAAGGCAGAAAUGUUUAGUACCUCAGGUUGUCACUGACUAGACUUCAGUAUUCACCAAAACACACCAAGAGGAAUAUUUGAACAAACUGUAGAAAAAUACUGCCAAAUAAGGAAAAAACUUUUUUUUAAAACUAUUGGCUAGACUGUAAAUUUUCAAUAUAUAUGUUAAAUAGAGUAGGUCUUAUAUAUUCAAUUUCUUCAUUAUGUAAGAUAUAUGUUGCAUGGCCGUUCGUUAGCGUAACACCAUGUGUAUAUUUGUCAAAAAUAUUCAAGUCCUCUUUUUUAGAAAAUAAAUAGCCUUAAAGAAGUGCAAACUUUUAAAAAUAUUUGUAUGACUCAGUUUCUCUGUAAAUAUAGAAGAAUUUUUAAACAAGAAUUCCACUCCCCAAAUACUACAUUUUCUAAUGCACAAAUCCAGUAUUUCACAUAUGACAUGACAUUUUGAAACUGAAUUCAUAAACUGGCUUGAUCAGAAAUAUCCCAAAUUCUGUACAGCUACAACUUGGACACAUUUUAACUUCACAUUUACAUAGCCUACUAGUUUUCAAUUUCUCCAGCAUGUGAUUGCCAUAUAUAUGUAAAGAAAGCCAGUUAUGCGACAUCCUUCAAUUAACUGUUGAGAAGUGAUUAAUUUUGAUGGGGGAAGCACUAAUAUUCAUACUGUUCCAGAUACUGAACAGCACUUUUGAGUAAGUAAAGAGGGGGGAAAAAAAAGACUGUGUAUUUUAAAAAGUUUCUUUGUGAAGGGCAAGACAAUCUCAGAUCCACCGUUUCAGUAUAGAGAACAAACAAUUCCAAACAAUUACAUAGCCCAAUCUUUUCCAUCGGGAAUUUGGGGUCAGGGAGAGGGAAGAAGAGGAGGGAAAACAUACUACAUGAAAGCAAAAACACUGAGAGACAAAAAAGUUAUUGGCCCUGAUAUUAAAAAACAAAGCAACCAACCAAACCAUCCUUUGCAAAUGUUUAGAUUUUAGCACUGAAGGGGCUUAGCAGCUGGACUUGCAGCAUGACACAGGGACCUUCUAUACUGAGAUUUUUCAUUCUUUAUCUACACAGCUAUAGCUAUCGAGUGCCACACUAAGCAGAAUAACGUAGGAUUAUUUUUUUGCCCUCCUUAACAUUUGUAAUAUUUUGAAUUCACGUUUCCUUCAGUGAUGUUCAGUUCUAGUCAUGUAACUGCACUGUCACAGGCCAAUUACCAUGACUGUUAGCUAAACUAUUUCUUUAUUUUCUGGACAACCAUGGUACAUUUUUAUACCAUCAUUCUAUACCCUAUUUUUCCAUUUCACCUUAAACCAGCAUUGAAGAAUCACGAAACCAUAAGAAGUCAUCAUCACCCACAGCACUGCAAGCAAGAAUUAAGAUAUUCCACCAAACAAAAGCUUGUUCAGCUGAGUCGUUUGCCCUAUCCCAAACUGUAAAAAUUCAGUAUUUCAAUGGACAGUGGCUACAUUCAUUGAUGUGGUUACUAGUUGGGGGGGUAGGGAGUUGCAGCUUCAAAAUCAAUUAUAGAGAAUGAUUUUACUUGUCUGGUUGUAUAAACUGCUCAGUGUGUUAGUAGCUACCAUCAUAAUUAAAAGACCAAUUCUAAAUAA